AUGACCCUUGCGAAAGCCUUCAGACAAUGGGCGGGUGGCCGCUUGAGGAUUGCCCGCUGCCUUCCUCCAGCGACGCCUGGCAUCUGUGGCCUUCCAGGUCGCGCCCCCCGUAUAAAAGUGAGAGUGUUUCGCCAAGAGGCAGUCCAUUCCUUCGGUACUCACUUUCGGUUUCGUAGUGCCAGGGCCAAGACGUUCCCGGCAUUCAGGAUAUACCUCACCAGUGCUGCUGUGUUCGGGAUGAGAGGGCCGCGCUGGAGGCACCCGCUCUGUGCCGUCUUGUUAUUCUUAGCGGCGGGAGUGGAACUUGUUGUCCCCCUGCCCAGUGACGUCGUCCAGGAUCUGUCUGACAUCGGCAUCGACUCUCCACCUUCAUUGUUCUCCGGUGGCGGGUUGAAGGAUGGUUUUGGUGAUGUGGAGGUGGAGGGCGCCAUCAGCCUCUCUAGAGUACGAAGAGCGGGAUCGCUGGCGGGAGGAACGCCGGGCCAAGACUUCCCCGUUCUGAACACCAUUCCGAGGACAAAUUUUGACUGCCGGAACAAGGGCCACGGUUACUAUGCCGAUGUGGACACCGGCUGUCAGGUGUUCCACGUGUGUCACGCUGACGGCCGGAUGAACAGCUUCCUGUGUCCCAACACCACUAUCUUCAACCAGCAGAGGCUUGUGUGUGAUUGGUGGUACAACGUUAACUGCGGAAUCUCCUCGCAGCACUUCAGCGUCAACGAAGAGAUAGGGAAAGUGACUCCCUCGCCUGGCAGAUCCAGAGCCUCCAACGAUUUCAGCAGAGUUACUACAGCGGCAAGACCCGCCACACCCUCCCCGGUGCUCCGAGGCACAUCAGGAUUCACGGCAAUACCACAGAAUAACAUCAGAGGCAGAACUGAACAAUCUCGAGGGUCACAAGGGUCCGUAAGUCGUCCUCCUUCCACUUCCCCUACUCGUCCUCCUCUUCCUCCUCCUACUCCCGCCGCUCGACCUUCUCCUAAUCCUACUUCACGUGCUCCUACCCGUGCUCCAACCAUUCCUACGCGUGCUCCUACGCGCCCUCCAACUCGUCCUCCAACUCGUCCUCCUACUCUUUCUCCUACUCGUCCUCCUACUCGUCCUCCUACUCGUCCUCCUACUCAUUCUCCGAGUUCUGUCCGUUCUCCCACAUUAUCUCCUUCAAGUGCUCCAUCCCAAUCUUCUCCGGGUCAGCUACCAACGACUUUCAGGCCCAACUCAUUUCCAAGGACGCAGUCCAGAGUGGUGGUAAAUCGCCGCCCCGUGCUGCCAACCCUUGCACCAGCUCGCUCCUUCAACAGGCCUCCAGCAGACGGCGUAAAUCUCCUCCUGAGUGGCAUCCAGAGCUCUCAAACACCUGCUAAUGUUGCUGACUCGCGACCGACUGGCCAGGGUGUUCCACUGCCCACUCUCACAGGAAACAGAAUCUCCUCAAGCACGUCAAGCCGAGGCAGAGGAACGCAGGCGUCAUCCAGCACGGGUGGAAGCCAGACUAUUUCCGGUAGACAGCAACAGUUUCCACCUUCAACACCUACACAAAAGGCUCCUGGAGUUAACAUUGGGCAGCCUGCUGGUACUGGAACCCCGACCACUUUUGGUGCUCGUAUCCCUCAAUCUCCAACAACGUUCCAGUCCGGCGGCGUCCCUCUGCCUACGCUCAGUGGAAGGGGUAGUUCAGGUACAUCAGUCAGUCAAUCAUUUGGAACACAGCCACAGAGACCACAGUUACAAAGACCCCAAGUAGGACAGCCUAUAAGGAUCCCUGGUGCUGUCACUCCUACGACUCGCCAAGGAGUUAGGGGUGGAGGACAGCCAAGAGAUGGAAGUGUUGGUGUUCCUCUCCCUGCCCUUUCUUCUUCUGGUGGUUUUACUGGAGGACGAGGUGGACAAGGACGGGGAUCUGGAAACCGUGGCGUUCCUCUUCCAAGUAUUGCUCCUGCCCAGGCCGGAGGAGGUGGUGGUGUUCCACUUCCUGGUUUGUCCUUGUCUCAGGGUGGUCAGAGAGGCUCCUUUGGAGUCCCUCUACCGAGCCUACCCCCUACAGUUGGUAGCAGCGGGGGCGGGAGUGGCGGCGUCAGGCUUCCAAGUCUGCCGUCUCCAGGGACGCCUUCGCGCGGAAGCGGAGGGUUUAGGCCAUCACGUCCCGCCACCGUCCAGGGUUCGCGUGGACCCAUCUUGAUCAUAGAGGCGGAUAGGGAUGACCUGGAUGACCGGUUUGACGAUGAUCGUUUCGACCUGGAUGAUCGCUUCGAUGAUGAUCGAUUUGACGACGACCGUUUCGAUCUUGAUGAUCGCUUUGAUGAUGAUCCUUUCGAUCUUGACGAUCGAUUUGAUGAUGAUCGAUUUGAUUUGGAUGAUCGUUUCGACGACGACAGUUUCGACCUUGAUGAUAGAUUCGAUGACGACCGUUUCGAUCCUGAUGAUAGAUUCGAUGACGAUCGAUUUGAUCUUGACGAUCGAUUCGAUGAUGAUCGAUUUGAUGAUGACCACCUUAGGACUGUCAGACUUCCUCCGGGCGCAAAUAUCCCACGUAUCCCCUCUUCCAACAAGGUGGUUAUCCUGCCGCCAUCCGAAGUACAGCUGCCACCUCCUCCAAGGCCUUAGUGCUGCAGGGCGGUGGUCCUGAGUCGCGGUGACUCUGCCUUGACAAGGGGAGUGGAGAGCGAUCUACAUUGUGUGAAGGUCUGAGCUUUAGCUCUGCAGUUAGAUAUGUGAGCCUCACAAGGAAGAUGUUUUUGGUUCAAAACUCUUGUAAUCACAUUAGGAAGCCAGAGCGCCACUUGGCCAUUCCCACCCUCUUUGUCCAGUGCAGCUCCGCGCUUUGUCUCUCGACCAUGAUUACCAGUGAUUCUCAUGUUUGGCUUUGUUCUGAUGCCAAGCCAUUGUUUGAGCUGCCGCGAAACUGCGCGAACCUUUCGUGAUAUUGUUUUAUAUAUGAAUGUAUAAAGAGAAGAUAGGGGCUCAUAUAUACAUAUAUUUAUAUAUGAUAUAUAUAU